AAACCCCACGGAAUGUGGGCAAUUCUUAAUCCAGCCUUUGGGCUAAAGAAAGGCCAAAGUGUGUAUGUGCAUGCAUCACUGGGGCAUAUUUUAAAGGCCUAACAGUCUACAUUUCCUCUAUUUACUUUGCUGCAUAUUUUGUGGUUUUAAAUCUCUGCUGAGGUUCUCUCACCAAAGAGUACUUGCCCAAACCUGGAUCUUGGCAUCCAGGGAAUUCUCUUUUCUCUACCUAUUUAUUUUUCCUUGCACCAACAAAACCAAAAUUGAUCAAUAAUUACAUAUUGCAUAUGUUCCUUGCAAUAUCUCACUUUCCUUUCAGGUAGGUUGAUUUGUCCUCAUCUGGAUAUGAAUGAACAACACAUCUUGUUUGGGUUGAAUUAGCAAUCAAAAUGGAUGCUCCACAAACGAUGUGCAUAGGAAAUUGUACUUAUGGAGAUGUCUACAAGCAUGGUUUCUUCAUCAAAUCUCCGCCUCCUCAUCUUUUCUCCAAUCAGAACUCCUGGAAAAGGAGACACUUUAUCCUUUCCAAGUCUGGCAAGAAUGAUUAUGUCCUGAGGUAUCUUAAAGGUGCCCACUUAAAGGGUUAUAUUGAAAUCAAUGAGACUUCAGAAAUAGAGAUUGGCAUAGGUGACCCCGAGAAAAUGACAGUUGUGAAGAAGAUGUUUAAAUGCAAGCCUGCAGAAGUGAUGACCAUCAGAACAGAGAAUAGGGUUUUCUAUCUUAUUGGAACAGACAGCAAGGACGUUGAGGACUGGGCCACCUUCCUGUUUUCAACCAGCAGAGAAACAAAGAAACCAGAAAUGAGAAGUCGGUCAAAAUCUUCACCAGCUUGUCUUGAUGAACUAGCUGCUGAUAUCAUCAAGAAGGAACCGUGUCCUGGCAAUGAAUAUGAGGAUAUAGGAACAUCUGUCUCCAAGAAGAGGCCCUCUUCAGAGCCUGUUACUCAAGAAUCCUCCCAAGAAGCCCCUGUUUAUGAAUCACUGACGGUACUGCAGCUACAACACCUGACAAAUCAUCAACAGUCAGAGGAAAAAUCCGAAAUGGAGGAAUACUAUGCUUGUCCAACAAAUAUUCUAGCUACGCUGAAUGAUAUGCAGGAUAAAUUCAGCACCACAGAAGAGACUACUAACUCAGAUAAGGAAAAGUUUGGUGAACCCGAAGAAUACAUAUCCAUGGGAUGCAUAUAUAAUUUACUCAUUAGAGUUUCAGGGGUAGCGGAGGUAGAAAUUGAACCUACAAACAAUGAAUUGACGACCAUUCCAAAAGGCCAGGAAGAUAGUACGAAUCUGCAGGUGAUAGAGGACAAGUCAUUGAAACCAACACCACUACCAAGGACCUGGAAACCAGAAAAAACACCAAAACUAUCAGUUCUGUCUGUGGUUCAGUUGUCCAUUAUUCUCAGUAAAGUCAGAGAUGACUGCAAAUUGGAAGAGGUGGAUAUUCUUCUUCCCCGGAGUGAUUUCACCAACUGCCUGACACUUGUCAAAGCCGCUGGGCGUAUAUGUGUCUCCCAGUGGAAAGACCUGCAUCGCUUGGGAUGCAUAUUUCAUCAAGGGGAUUAUAUAGUGGCUGUGAAUGACCUGCAUGCAAAGAGCAUAGAUGAAAUAUCUUUGUUCAUAACUAGAUCCACAAGAAAGGAGGUGAAACUGACUGUAUGUAGGCUUCCAGAUUCAAAAAUUUUACAUGCUCAAGGAUGCAAAUGUUCCUAAUGGAGAAAAAUAAUCUUCAUUGGCCAAGAUCUUAGGUCAAAUACAAAUGAAGACUUGAAAACAGUGGCCCCCACAAAA